GUUUGACAACAACCGCUCCUGGUCCUGCCGGGGCCGUGUGCGGGAGAGCUCUGCCAGCGACAAGCCCCAUGAAGAAAAUACUCUGAAGACAAUGGAGCUGUGACAUUCUACGUCAACUUGCCAACUGGAACUAUGGAAAUUAUAGAAGAUUGCCAGCACGCUCAUGCUGGGCUGGUGCCAAAUGGAUACAGGAACAAGAUUUUUCAAGCCAAUCCAGAGGAUGGGAGCACUGAGACACUAAAGAUUUGUGACCUUCAGCACUGUAACUCCAGAGGCAUCAACCAAAAUGCAACGGAAGAGGCAGCCAGGUAUAAGAAGAAAGCCAAGGGCAACCGGAUUUGGAAUUUUGUUAGCCGAAGGAAAGGUCCCUCCAUGAAUAACAAAAGACCCCAGUCCAUGAUCCUGCUAGGAGAUACCUCAGAGACCUUAGAAGAAAAACGCAAGAUGUCCUUCAUGGAGAGGGUGAGGUCCUUUAAAAAGCUAAGAACCUCCAGCAUGUCUAAAAAUGUGGAUUUGAGACCCUCCAAAGCCAAAGUUUCUCGCAUCCCUGAGGAGGACCAGGAGGACAGUGACCAAAGGGCAGUCUACAGGAUUAAGAAACUAGCUGACAGUCAGAGGCCUUUCCGUCAUUCGUAUGCAGGGUACAUCGAUGAUUUGGAUUCUUCCUUUGAAGACGUAGAGUUAAAUGUCAGCAUUCCAGAAAUUGAUGCCAAUGAAAAUAAAUGGCUCAGGGAUAUUAGUGUCAGAAUACACAGUGAAGAUAAUGAUAGUAACUGCCAUAAAAUGUCAGCUAGAAAGAGCAAGCUUUUGAAUUUUGAAAACUCUAAGAGUUCUGCGAUUACAGAAAGGGACAAUCAAAAGAGGUGUCCCAUGCUUCCUGAGGAGAGCAGGAGAGGAAAAAGCUCUGAUGUCUGGAGCUAUCUGAAGGGAAUUUCAUUGUCUAGCAAAGAUAAUUCAAAGUUGCUCAAUCAAAGUGUUGAAACAAAUUUCCAGAACUUAGAAAAUAUAACUGAUAAUUCUGCUUCUUAUUUUGACUUUGAUACGAGAUGUGAGGAGAAUCUUAGCCAGCCUAAAAAAUCAAACAGUGAAAUGAAAGCCAGUCACUUUGGUGGUGUUCUUCGGUUCUUUAACAGUGUGGCUGAGGCAGCUAGGAAGUGGCGAGGCUCUUCCCGGACAUUUUCACAGGGAGAGCAAAGACCUCAGUCCAAUUUCAGAAGUCAGAGACAGGAAGCCUCCUCCCACAAAGAGUCUUUGGUUAUUGAGAAUGAAAAUGCCAGAGCUUUCUCUUCAACGGGAAUGUCAUUGCGGUCUCCAGAUUCUGGGAUUUGGGAUAAUCAUAGUUCUGAGAGUUCAACAGGAAAAGCGCUGCCUCAGCAAAGUGUUGAAGCAGAGUUAUCUCAAGAGAUCAGCAGCUCUGCUCUGAACAAUGAGAAUGAUAGUUUUAACGAACUUUCUGACCUUGGGCCAGGUCCAUCCAUCUCCCCACUGCCAGAACUUCCAGAUGACCAUUAUGCUCUGUUAAGCACACAAGGCCCAUCUAAGGCUCUAUCACAGUUUCCAGACAUGGCUGUGACUGAAUUAGAUGCUCGGGACCCGGGCAGCUCUCCGGCGGCGGAUGCUUGGGACCCGGGCAGUUCUCCGGCGGCGGAUGUUCGGGACCCGGGCAGCUCUCCGGCGGGGGAUGUUCGGGACCCGGGCAGCUCUCCGGCGGCGGAUGCUCGGGACCCGGGCAGCUCUCCGGCGGCGGAUGCUUGGGAACUUGGAAAUAUUGAGUUACAUUUGAAAGACAGGGCUAAGACUAAACUGGGUAUUCAGGAACUGAGUAGCACUCCAAAGUAUACUCAGGACACUAGGAGUACUUCAGUGGAUAUUCAGGACCUGGACAAGACUCAAUCACAUUCUCAAGAUCUUUCUAAGAGUAAACUGGAUACUCGGGACCCAGAGAGUGCUCUGACUGGUACUCAAGGCCUCUUUGCAGUUACUCUUUUAAAACAUGUAACAGAUAAUGAGCAAGCUUUAGAAUUGGAGGAUUCUCCUAUCAAAGAACAUGAAAUAAGUUUACCAGGAGAACAAAUUUCCAUGGAGAGGCCAGACAAAGCAAAUCACUUUAAAUAUAGUAAAGUGUGCCAUCAGAUCCAGAUGAGCCUCUGUACAAUUGUCUCCUUCGGGGAACUCAACAAUGGAAAGCCCCUGUCUCACCCUCUUCAUCCAUCACCACAAGCUCCUCCUUUCAAAAUCCUGUUGGACAGAUGUCGCUCCUUACCCCUUUCGCAAAGCACUCCGAUGGGGCUGGACCAACUGGGCUGGAGGAGGCGGAUGUUGCUGAGCACUGGUGCUGAGAAUGACCUGGGUUCAAAGACUCUGGAGGUACGCAGAGAUGGCAGGAAUGGUGGAAGUAAAUGGAAGCCCCUGAAGCCUGGAGCUGAACAGCUGCUAGUCAAUAAACUGAUCAGUGGUGGUUCUAUUGUAAGUGCUGAGGCAGUAUGGGAUCACGUCACCAUGGCCAACCGGGAGUUGGCGUUUAAAGCAGGAGACGUUAUCAAGGUCCUGGAUGCUUCCAACAAGGACUGGUGGUGGGGUCAGAUUGACGAUGAAGAAGGAUGGUUUCCCGCCAGCUUCGUAAGGCUAUGGGUGAACCAAGAAGACGGAGUAGAGGAAGGAACCAGCGAAGUACAGAAUGGCCAUUUGGAUCCAAGCACCGACUGCCUCUGUCUCAGCAGAACCCUUCAGAACCGGGACCAGAUGAGAGCCAACGUAAUCAAUGAAAUUAUGAGCACAGAGCGGCACUAUAUCAAGCACCUCAAGGACAUUUGUGAGGGUUACUUAAAGCAGUGCCGGAAGAGGAGAGACAUGUUCAGCGAUGAACAGUUAAAGGUCAUAUUCGGCAACAUCGAAGAUAUCUACAGGUUUCAGAUGGGUUUUGUCCGGGACUUGGAGAAACAGUAUAACAACGAGGACCCCCACCUCAGUGAAAUUGGACCUUGUUUCCUGGAACAUCAAGACGGGUUCUGGAUCUAUUCGGAGUACUGUAACAAUCACUUGGAUGCAUGUAUGGAGCUGUCCAAGCUGAUGAAAGAUGGCAGGUACCAGCAUUUCUUCGAAGCAUGUCGUUUGUUGCAGCAGAUGAUUGACAUCGCCAUAGACGGUUUCCUUCUGACACCAGUGCAGAAGAUCUGCAAAUACCCCUUGCAACUGGCAGAGCUGUUGAAGUAUACUGCACAGGAUCACAGUGACUACAGGUACGUGGCUGCUGCACUCGCAGUCAUGAGGAAUGUGACUCAGCAAAUCAAUGAGCGGAAACGGAGACUGGAGAACAUUGACAAGAUAGCUCAGUGGCAGGCCUCAGUCCUGGAUUGGGAGGGAGAUGACAUCUUGGAUCGGAGCUCCGAAUUGAUCUACACCGGGGAGAUGUCCUGGAUUUACCAGCCUUAUGGACGGAACCAGCAGCGUGUUUUCUUCCUCUUUGAUCACCAGAUGGUUCUCUGCAAAAAGGACCUGAUACGAAGAGAUAUCCUGUAUUACAAAGGUCGCAUUGACAUGGAUAAAUAUGAAGUGGUGGAUAUAGAAGACGGGAGAGAUGAUGACUUCAACGUCAGCAUGAAGAAUGCCUUCAAACUUCAUAACAAGGAGACCGAGGAAAUUCACUUAUUCUUUGCCAAGAAGCUGGAGGAGAAACUGCGAUGGCUCAGAGCUUUCAGAGAAGAAAGAAAGAUGGUUCAAGAAGAUGAAAAGAUAGGCUUUGAAAUUUCUGAAAAUCAAAAGCGGCAAGCGGCAAUGACAGUAAGGAAAGUCAGUAAGCAAAAAGGUGUCAGCUACUCCAGGUCGGUUCCUCCAGCCUAUCCACCACCCCAGGAUCCAUUAAAUCAGGGACAAUACAUGGUGACAGAUGGCAUAUCCCAGUCCCAGGUCUUCGAGUUCACCGAACCCAAACGCAGCCAGUCACCAUUCUGGCAAAAUUUCAGCAGGUUAACGCCAUUCAAAAAAUAAUACCUAGAGUGAGAUGGAGAAUUUUAAAAUAAAAAUUUAAAAAAAUUAAAAAUAAAAAUAAAUAAAUAAAAUUAUAU